AUGGCGAAAGAUACAAAAAAAAUCGAAAGCGUCGACAGCGCGUAUUAUGAAGAUGAGUUGUUGAUGCUUGAAGCAAAACGCAAUAUCUUCUUUGAACUCGUCCAGGGCAUUUACAAUAAGUCGCUAGUCGUUGAUACAGAUGCAGACAGUCGCGAGAGUUUCCUUGCCGCUGCGGAAAAUAUCGACGAACUUCGCUCGGAGUUCAAAGAGGUGGUUAAUGAGUAUAAUCGCACGUUGCUUAGGGCUAAGGCGGCUGCUGUCCCUAAUUAUCAGCCGAUUAUAGCCUUCGAAGAUUUGUACUGCCGCAUCAGGAGAGCGGUUAAGCGGCUGCAACCAGCCGCACCGCCGGCCUCUUCGUCACCUUCUAUAGUGGAGAGAGCCAGACCUUCUUUGCCAACGAUGGAACUGAUAGCGUUCGAUGGAGACAUACGUAACUGGCCGCUAUUCUAUGCUAGUUUUAAAUCUAGAGUGCACGACAAUCUGUCGCUUACCGACGAAGAGAAGCUUUUCUACCUUAUUGGGAAAUUGUCACCAAAAGCUCAAGCUGUCUUCGCGGAUCGCAUUACCGACGACUUGCCGUCAGUGCCCGUGGACAUGUCAACACUCACGCAUGUUCAUGGACUCCCUUUGGCUGACGACACGUUGGAUACGCCCGUCGCAAUUGAUGUGCUGGUGGGUGCAACUAUAUUCCCAUAUUUGUUGCUACCGCACAUUGUUAAAAGCGACGUGGACCAUAUGCCACCGGCUAUUCAGACGGACUCCAUGGACCACCUCCUCAAAAGGUUCUGGGAGCUUGAGGAAGUAUCCGCUCCGCCCGCUCAAAGUCAAGAUGACCUUGAAUGCGAGGAUUACUUUCGCACUACCACCACGCGCGACACUAGUGGUAGAUAUACUGUCGCAUUGCCUUUCCGAGAUGAUGUGUUCAAGCUUGGAGAGUCGCAUUCUGCUGCUAAGAGGCGCUUUCUUUGCCUCGAAAGGAAGCUAGAGUUAUCGAGUAUGUUGCGUGCCGCCUAUGACGAUAUUAUUCGUGAAUACGUCAGUAAGGGUUACAUAUCGGAGGUAACUAACUCCAUGAACGCCUCACCAGCCAUCGCAUACAUAGUUCCUCACCAUGCUAUCGUGCGCGAGGACAAAACGACCAAAGUGUACAUGGUCCUGGACUCGAGUAGCAAGACAAGUACAGGCCUGUCGUUGAAUGAUGUUUUGCACUCAGGGCCCAACCUAAAGGGGGAUUUGUUUUCAAUCCUUCUAAACUUUAGCUUAUCCAAAAUAGCGCUUUCGGCCGAUUGCCGUCAAAUGUUUCUACAGAUUGGCGUUCGCGAAGCGGACCGCCAGUUUCAGCGAAUCUUAUAUAGAUUCCGCCCGGCAGAUCCCAUUACUACAUACGAGUUUAAUCGUGUGUGUUUUGGCAUGAAGUCGAGUCCCUAUCACGCGCUCCGCGUCGUCCGUCAGCUGAUUGCAGACGACGGGCAUAAGUUUCCCAAGGCUGCAGCGAUUGCAUCCUCCUGUACUUACAUGGAUAACGUAUGCUUUAGCAUUAUGUCAGAUGAGUCGCAACAGCAGGAUGAGUUUGUUGCUAUUGCUGCGGCUAAGGAGCUGAUUGAUCUAUUCAAAUGCGGUCAAUUUGAUCUUAUGAAAUGGACUUGCAAUUCAGACGCCGUGCUACGUGAAAUACCUGCUUCGCAUCGGGCUUCCGUAGACAUUGAAACUGACCCAGGGGUCUCGCAAAAGGUUCUUGGGUUAUGUUGGAAUAAAUCUGGUGAUUACUUCCAUUUCAAAGUGAAAGAACCAGACUCAACGUGCACUAAAAGGACGAUCUUGUCCGCAGUGGCACGUCUAUGGGAUAAUGUGGGCCUAGUAGCUCCAGUGGUCUUAUAUGCAAAACUCCUCAUCCAGGAGCUUUGGUUGAUCAAAUGCGACUGGGAUGAGACUCCCCCACCCCAUAUUGUGGAUUUAUGGGACCGAUUCUGUUCGGAGUUUCCUAAACUUUAUGAAAUCCACAUACCGCGCCAUCUUGGAGUAGUACAGAGUUGUACUAUAAACCUUUUAGGCUUCGGUGAUGCAUCUGAGCGUGCAUAUGGAGGUGUAGUAUAUCUUCAGGUUCUAAAGGGAGACGAAGUGACUGUCCGGCUGGUGUGUUCCAAGUCGAAGGUCUGUCCCCUUAAAACAGUCUCCGUCGCGAGGUUAGAACUGUGUGCUGCGGUCCUCCUGGCAAAGCUCAUGCGGAAGGUGCAAGAUAACUUCGAAUCCCGGUAUAACAUUAACGAGAUCUAUGCGUUUACUGAUUCGAAGGUUGCCCUCUGCUGGAUUCAGUCAUCACCACACCGCUGGCAAACGUUUGUUGCCAACCGGGUAGUUAAGAUUAUCGAAGCUAUUCCGGCCAGCUGCUUUCAUCAUGUGGCGGGCUUGGAAAAUCCCGCGGAUUGCCUGUCCCGUGGACUAACGCCUGCUAAGCUAGUGGAUCAUCCUUUGUGGUUCACGGGACCAGCUUGGGCUUCCAAGCAUCCAUCGGAGUGGCCUUUAAGGGAGCUCGAUCGAAAGUCCAUCGGUGAGGUGCCAGAGCUUAAACCUCUUACACACGCUACAACUACGGAUGUGUCAGAGUCGCCACUUUAUUCGCUCGCUCAGCGGAUAUCGUCGUGGUCUCGUUUAUUGCGCAUCAUCGUAUACGUGUAUCGCAUUCUUAAACCGAAACCGCGCUCUAAUACGGCACUUACUCGAUCUGACUUAGAGUUCGCUGGAGGUAAAAUUCGUUCAUCGUUACAAGCGUUUAGUGAUGAUAUUGAUAAAAUUAAGAGCGAGAAAUAA